AUGGGCAGCCACAAGGGGCUGCUGAAACCCGCCGGGAAGCUACUGGAACACGCUGGCAGCCAUGGAAGGCUGCUGGAAAUCUCCGGGAAGCUGUUGGAACACGCUGGCAGCCAUGGGAGGCUGCUGGAAUUCGCUGGGAAGCUGCUAGAAUGCACUGGCAGCCAUGGGAUGUUUCUGGAUCUCACCGGGAAGCUGCUGGAACGUGCUGGCAGCGAUGGGAGGUUGCUGCAAAUCGUUGGCAGCAGCUGUACCUCGUGGUGGCAGCGAGGCUUCGGCCGUUCCGGAGUGCACCGUCGCGGUGGUUUUGCUCCUAAGGCGUUUGCUUCCAACCAUGGUUGUUUGGAAGGCUUCGGUGGAUUGAAAAAAUAG